UAAGCUAACUCAUCGACAUUUCCCCAACCAAGACCCAUAAGACUAUAAGAGUAUUCCAAAGGAAAACAUUGAGCGACUGCGACCCUCCGUAAGUUCCAAGUCCUAACCAUAACCACCUCCUGAAUUCUGAGCAACAACCCCACCGAUAAACCCACUUCAAAAAUCACAACUUUGUCUCUCUCUCUGAAAUCUCUCUAUACUGUUGAAAAUGGAGACUGAAAAAACCCCAUCAAAUGGUAAACAGAAAAUUGAUGAAACGGACGACCCAGACCCAAUUGAGCUUGUCCUCUUUCAAGUCUCUGAAUGCUAUGUCUACAUCAUACCCCCAAGGAAAACUGCUGCUUCAUACAGAGCUGAUGAAUGGGAUGUAAAUAAAUGGGCAUGGGAGGGUGUCUUGAAAGUUAUUAGCAAGGGAGAGGAGUGCAUAAUCAGGCUUGAGGAUAAGUCGACAGGUGAACUAUAUGCUCGGGCAUUUUUGAGAAAAGGAGAGCCACAUCCUGUAGAACCUGUAAUUGAUAGUAGCAGAUACUUUGUGCUUCGAAUAGAAGAGAACAUAGAUGGUCGUCUUCGACAUGCUUUCAUUGGGUUAGGAUUUCGUGAGAGAACCGAAGCUUACGACUUCCAAGCUGCUCUGCAUGACCAUAUGAAGUAUCUCGAUAAGAAGAAAACUGCUGAAGAAAUGGAGCAGCAAUACCAGAAUUCGUCAACAGUUGAUUACAGUUUGAAAGAUGGGGAGACCCUUGUUCUUCAGUUGAAACAGAAACCUGGUGGCAAUAUAAAACCGAAAUCCAUCGAACAGGGCGUGAACAAUCUUUCAAUAACAGAUACAAGUGAACCUAACAAAGAGCCCUUACUUUCUAUCAAACCACCUCCUCCUCCACCAUCGACCUUCUCACCAACUACUUCUCCUAAAAGUCCUAAAUCACCAAAUUCUACUUUUAACGCAAAUUUUGAAGAGAGAGAAGAUUCUAGAAAAGAACAGCCACAACCUGAUUCGAAACUGAAGAAAAAUCAAAGCUCAGAAGAUAUAGCUGAUGAUGACUUUGGCGAUUUUCAGGCAGCUGGUUGAUUCAUGAUCAUGUAUAAAGUUGUGCUUAUAUAUGAAAUUUGUUUCAACUAAGUUUGGUGUAAAUGAUGUCUCUGAGUUGCAUAGACAAUUUAUUCAUAUUAUCUCGUCCAUGCUUUCCUAAGAGGCCCAGGAAUGGAAAUGAAGUAAUUUGAGUCACAAAUAGAGAGUUACUGAUAAGACUUGUUUUUUCAUGCUGAGUUUUAUCUUCAUGCAUGCAGCUAUGUGCCUAUGUCUUUA